AUGUUUUAUCGACUUAUCUUCCUUCCUUCACCUCACCCAAAGGGACAGCAUCCGAAGAGUUUUGCGAUUGAUCUCCUGCAUUUCCUCAAGAAGGAUUUAUCUCUACUGCCCAUACCAUCAGACGGCCGGCCGGCCACAAAGCGUCGGGUUGGCCACAUAGACUCUGCCCUUGAGGCUCUGCGUAACGUCGUCCGCAGCUAUCCCGGUACUGAACUCCAAUGUGUUGGACACUUUGAUGCUCUCUUCUCUAUUCUCGAUAUGGACGGCUACGAUGAUUUGAAGCUCCGAGCCCUUGAUGUAAGUCUCCUUAAUCUCUCCAUGUUUACUCUCUUUUACUUUGAUUUUAACAACUAUGUGAAUUCUUUCCAGGUUCUUCGCAGCACAGCAACCAACACUGAGUGUCUAAAGGAUAUUCACGCGUCCAAACUCCUAGUUGGUGCCAUAAUGCUUUUCCGUUCGCUUCCACAAGCUUAUCUACCUUUGAUUGAGUUCCUGAACCACGUUAUCGUCGUGAAUGAUCUGCUCAAGGAGGUUGUCUACACCGGCGGCCUAGUCUACCUCCUCGAAGUCAUCGCCACCUCUGAGGCCCGUGACGUCCGUCAGGCUGCUGUCGGCUUUCUAAGCCGUUGUCUGGCCAACCCUCAGGUCGGGCGACGUAUUCAGGCUCUUUUGAGCCAAUUCCUGCCGGCCAUCUUCCCGGAGACCAUUCGUGACAGUCCAGAGGCAUUCCUACCACUGUUUGAAUCUGACCAUCAAAAUCCGGAGCUCAUCUGGAAUCAGAUUUGUCGGGAUCAAUUGACGGAUGCCGUCACUAGUAUGUCUCAAAAGUUCGGUGAGCAGCAGGCCAAGAACCGGUCCCUCCGUUGGACUCUUCCUGAUGCCUUCUCAGUCUCCUACGCGUCAGCCAUGUCCACCAGCCUCCUCUCCCAGGGUCUCCUGAAGGAGACGGAUCUGGUGAGUCUGGAGUCUACCGGCGGUCUCGUGGUCGUAGCCGGCGUCUACCUUCACCUAUACGUUAAUCAGCCAGGCUGGAUGCUGCGUCAACCGGACGUCUUCCUAGACAGUCUCAUGGCAAAAUUGUUGGAGGUAUGGCCAGCUCAAUUGCUCUAG